UCAUGCAAAUGUUUAAAAGGCAUUAUUUUCGUUCUCUGCCGAAGUUAUUCGAUUAGUACUAGUACGAAUACAAGUGUUCUAAAAUGGUGUUGCCUCAGGUUUUCACAGUGCUUCUGAUUUGCUUUUGUUUUAAUGUGCAAAGUGCUUCAAUUUUGGCGCUUUUUUCAACAUUAUCAUUUUCGGACCAUCUCGUAUUCAGGAAUUAUAUAUCCCUUCUUACACAGAGAGGUCAUUCAAUUGUCAUGAUGACAGCAUAUCCAGGCCAAUUCGCAUAUCCAGAUGCGGAAAGAAUUGUAGAGUUAAAUGUCGGACAAGAAUCAUCAGCCUACUGGGAAGAAUAUAGGGCUCUGCUGACUAAUACCGACGAUUAUUAUCCACGUAUGAGGGCAAUUAAUGACUUUUCUUUAAAGUUGGCAGUUGUGCAGUUGAAUUCCAAGCCAAUGAAGGCGUUACUAGCGAAUCCAAAUGUUAAAUUUGACCUGGUCAUAACGGAAGCCGAUGUUCCCCUCCUGUAUGCUGCUGCUGAUAAAUACGAGGCACCUCAUAUUGCUAUAACAGCUUCAAGCGGCAGGAUACACCAAUAUGAGUCUAAGGGAUCUUCAGUUCACCCUACGUUAUAUCCGGACGUAAAUUCUUUAAAUUAUAGAAACCUUAGUGGCUGGCAAAAAAUUGUUGAAAUAAACCGUUACAUCCAAACCAAAAAUGAAUAUUACAACACUUAUCUACCUCGUUGUGAUGUUGCAGCGAAUAAGAUUUUUGGAUUAAAAAGACCUCUCCAAGAAGUCGAACAAGAUAUUGAUUUACUAUUCGUAGCUAGUAAUCCUGUAUUUAUUGGUAACAGACCGAGUACUCCCGGUGUAAUUUACGUCGACCGUAUGCAUAUUAAACCGGGAUUUGCUUUACCGGAGGAACUUAAGGUAGCAUUAGAUUCAGCUACUAGAGGAGCUGUUUACUUCAGUCUUGGAGCAUUCCAAGAGGCUGAGCAACUUUCCCCACAGCUCCUGCAAACUUUGGCGGAUGCUUUCAGGGAACUACCUUUUUUGGUGUUGUGGAAAAUCGGUAACACUACUAUGAUAAAUGACCUGCCUAAGAACAUUAUCAGCAGCGAGUGGUUGCCGCAGCAAGAAAUAUUAGCGCAUCCAAAUUUAAAAGCGUUUAUAACAAACGGUGGUGGAAGGUCUCUCGAAGAAGCUGUGUUCUAUGGAGUACCAAUAAUCGGUUUACCAAUAGUUAGAUCGCGAAAAGUUUUCAUUCAAGAGAUUACUAGAUAUGAUGCGGGAGAAAUUUUAGAUCUCUAUCAUUUGGAAAAGGAAGGACUUAUAGACGUUAUUUCUGAAGUGCUUUCUAACGACAAAUACAAGAAUGCAAUGUCGAAAUUGAAGAGGACGGUUCAAGAUAAUCUUUUAUCUGGUCCUGAUAUGGCGGUGUGGUGGACAGAGUACGUUUUACAAAACGGUGGCGCUAAACAUCUGCGGUCAUCGGCAGCUGGACUUAGUUACUUUAAAUAUGCACUUCUGGAUAUUAUUGGUGUUCUUUCAACUAUUUUCAUUAUAUUACUUUCGUUGUUAUACUUCGUCUUGAGAUUCGUCUUAAGGCGUUUACGUGCUCGCAUUUGGCCAAAAUACGAUGAGUCUGGAAAAUAUAAGGCAUUAUAA